AUGACAUUGCAGUUUUUGGCGGGGUUAACAUUCAACAAUGUGUUCCAGGCUGCGAGAGGCCUCGAUAACACUGUUCUCAGCGACCGACAUGUCCAGGAGACAGAUUUACAAGGAAAAUGGGUGAUCAUCUCUGGCUCCAACAAUGGUGUUGGACUGGAGGCGGCUAAGUCAUUCGCUGGAUGGGGAGCAAACCUGAUCCUGGCCUGCCGUGAUCCUCCGGAGGGACUCGGCGAACUUCAUUCCACAGCAGCCGUGAAAUGA